CGUCCGCGCCGGGGAGGCGGAGAGGAGGAGGGCUGCGGGGCCGAGGCGUUAGCUGCGUCCCGGCUCGGAGCCCGCGAAGAGGACUAGGAGGAAGGCGCCGCCGUGGCCGCGGCCGCAGUGCUGGCGCGACAAGCCAUGAGCAGCGGCCCCGCGGGUGACCCUGCUGUCGCUGGCCGCCUCUGAUCCCGUCCGGGAGACAGCUCGCAGCUCCCCGGCACCCUCCGCAGCCAGCACCCUCGCGUCCGGAGAAACAUGAUUCCGGUGACAGAAUUCCGGCAGUUCUCAGAGCAGCAGCCUGCCUUCCGUGUGCUGAAGCCAUGGUGGGACGUGUUUACCGACUACCUUUCAGUGGCCAUGCUGAUGAUCGGUGUGUUCGGAUGUACUUUACAGGUCAUGCAAGACAAGAUAAUUUGCCUCCCGAAAAGAGUUCAGCCUUCUCAGAACCACUCUUCCGUUUCGAAUGUCUCGCAAGCAGUUGCCGGGACCACCCCCCUGCCUCCACCUAAACCAUCUGCGACCAGCCCCGUCACCGUGGAAAUGAAAGGCCUGAAGACAGACCUGGACCUUCAGCAGUACAGUUUUAUAAACCAGAUGUGUUAUGAGCGAGCCCUCCACUGGUAUGCCAAGUAUUUCCCUUACCUUGUCCUCAUCCAUACCCUGGUCUUCAUGCUCUGCAGCAAUUUUUGGUUCAAAUUCCCUGGCUCCAGCUCCAAAAUAGAACAUUUCAUCUCCAUCCUGGGGAAGUGUUUUGACUCUCCCUGGACCACACGGGCUUUAUCGGAAGUGUCGGGGGAGGACUCAGAAGAGAAGGACAACAGGAAGAACAACAUGAGCAGGUCCAACACCGUCCAGUCUGGUCCAGAAGGCAGCCUGGUCAACUCUCAGUCGUUAAAGUCAAUUCCUGAGAAGUUUGUGGUUGACAAGUCCACUGCAGGGGCUCUGGAUAAGAAGGAAGGAGAGCAAGCGAAGGCUUUAUUUGAGAAGGUGAAGAAGUUCAGGCUGCAUGUAGAAGAAGGGGACAUACUGUAUGCGAUGUAUGUUCGCCAGACUGUACUUAAGGUUAUAAAAUUCCUAAUCAUCAUUGCGUAUAACAGCGCCCUGGUUUCCAAAGUCCAGUUUACAGUGGACUGUAAUGUUGAUAUUCAGGACAUGACUGGAUAUAAAAACUUUUCUUGCAAUCAUACCAUGGCACAUUUGUUCUCAAAACUCUCCUUCUGCUACCUGUGCUUUGUAAGUAUCUACGGCUUGACGUGCCUUUACACCUUAUACUGGCUGUUCUACCGCUCUCUAAGGGAGUACUCCUUUGAGUAUGUCCGGCAGGAGACUGGAAUUGAUGAUAUUCCGGACGUGAAAAAUGACUUUGCUUUUAUGCUUCAUAUGAUAGAUCAGUAUGACCCUCUGUAUUCCAAGAGAUUCGCGGUGUUCUUGUCUGAAGUGAGCGAAAACAAAUUAAAGCAGCUGAACUUAAAUAACGAGUGGACUCCCGAUAAACUGAGGCAGAAGCUACAGACGAAUGCCCAUAACCGGCUGGAGUUGCCUCUCAUCAUGCUCUCUGGCCUUCCAGACACUGUUUUUGAAAUCACCGAGCUGCAGUCUCUAAAACUUGAGAUCAUUAAGAACGUAAUGAUACCAGCCACCAUUGCGCAGCUAGACAAUCUCCAAGAGCUCUCCCUACACCAGUGCUCAGUCAAAAUCCACAGCGCGGCACUCUCUUUCCUGAAGGAGAACCUCAAAGUCUUGAGCGUCAAGUUUGAUGAUAUGAGGGAGCUGCCCCCUUGGAUGUACGGACUCCGGAAUCUGGAAGAGCUCUACCUGGUUGGCUCUCUAAGUCAUGAUAUUUCCAAAAAUGUCACCCUUGAGUCUCUGCGGGAUCUCAAGAGCCUUAAAAUUCUCUCUAUUAAAAGCAACGUUUCCAAAAUCCCUCAGGCAGUCGUUGACGUGUCCAGCCAUCUCCAGAAGAUGUGCAUCCAUAACGAUGGCACCAAGCUGGUGAUGCUCAACAAUUUAAAGAAGAUGACCAAUCUGACAGAACUGGAGCUUGUCCACUGCGACCUGGAGCGCAUUCCUCAUGCCGUGUUCAGCUUGCUCAGCCUCCAGGAAUUGGACCUCAAGGAAAAUAACCUGAAAUCUAUAGAAGAAAUCGUUAGCUUCCAACACUUGAGAAAGUUGACCGUGCUAAAACUGUGGCAUAACAGCAUCACCUAUAUCCCAGAGCAUAUAAAGAAACUCACCAGCCUGGAGCGUCUGUCCUUUAGUCACAAUAAAAUAGAGGUGCUGCCUUCCCACCUCUUCCUAUGCAACAAAAUCCGAUACUUAGACUUAUCCUACAAUGACAUUCGAUUUAUCCCACCUGAAAUCGGAGUUCUACAAAGUUUACAGUAUUUUUCCAUCACUUGCAACAAAGUGGAGAGCCUUCCAGACGAACUCUACUUCUGCAAGAAACUUAAAACUCUGAAGAUUGGGAAAAACAGCCUAUCAAUACUUUCACCGAAAAUUGGAAAUUUACUAUUUCUUUCCUACUUAGAUGUUAAAGGCAAUCACUUUGAAAUCCUCCCUCCGGAACUGGGUGACUGUCGCGCUCUGAAGAGAACUGGUUUGGUUGUGGAAGAUGCUCUGUUUGAAACUCUGCCUUCUGAUAUCCGGGAGCAAAUGAAAACAGAAUAACUUAUUUUUGUUUAAAGUUUGACUGAAACAUGCUUCUACCAAAUACAGCAUAAAUAAUUAGGUAGUCUUAAUGCCUUUCCUAUUUUAUGUUUGUUUGUUUUUUCUUCUCACAUGAAACAAAAUUUACACAAAAACUGAGUAAGGAGUAUGUAUUUUUUAAUAAAAAUUUCAUUGUAUUUUUUCAAUAUUAAUAUUUUAAAACUUUAUUUGUCCUGGAACCUAAUGUACCUAUUAUUGUUUUCUUCUAACAGAAACAGAUGGUUCCAUAUGUUUUUGCUUUGUUUUUGUUGUUUUAUUUUAUUUUUUAGUUCAUUCUGGUGAAAGGGAGGGGAUUUUAAGUUGCAUGCUUUUUUGGUAUUUUUAAAUAGAUGAAGAUAUUUUGCCAAGGUCAUUUUUAGCUUGUUUACACCUGUGCAGUUCCUUGUUUUUGUUGUCAUUGUGUGUAUACCAAGGAAUCUGCGAGUUCUUUUAAUACCAGCUGCCUUCUCCAUUGGCCAAGCCCUUCAUUCUAUAGAAAACUCUCUCUGGAGUUUAAAUUCACAUAAGUGCAUUGUCACAGACUAUUUAUUUUAAAUUUUCCCCCACCUCCAACGGAACCCUAAAUUAUUUCAUAUACCUGACAGUUAAAGUUAUCCUUAAACAAGGAUUUUGUCAGUGAAUAAAGACAAUAAUCUUCCAUAGUUGACAUGCUUGAAUUGCUCAUUUAUAAUUUAAUUGAUUUCCAUUUUUACCAACCUUUAAAAAUAUUUUAAAAUUAAAUACAGAGGUUUCCCUCCCUUUCAAUCUCCAUAGAGCUAUGUAGUACUGGUGGACAACCUUAGAGAAGCUUGAUUUAUUUUAAUUAAAAUAGGUAAUUGCAUUUAAAAGUCACAGAAUUAGAAGCCUGGUUUUGAGUAAUUUAAUCAUCUUUGAUAUCUUGAUAGGUAGAUACAUUAGAUGGAAAAACAUUUCACUACUAAAGCACUCUGUUCAAGGGCUGGUGCAUGCCAGCCAGGCCCACUGGUGCCUCCGGACAGUGUAGCAGUGGAAUCUACUCAAAUUCUGCCUGUUGCACAAAAUAUAUAAAUAUAUUAAUCAAUUUCCCUCAAGUCUGCCCUUGCUGCGAUCACUAGUGAUGCAAGCACAGGAACUCUAUCUGCUCUUUUUGGUUUACAAUGAGUAUCUCAUGUAAAAUGGUUCUGUUACUUUUUUUUAAGUGUGAAUAAAUUGCUAAGUGGAUGUCACUUAGCAAUAAUUUUUGCCUGAUGGUCAGCAGAACUUUUAUUUAUCUUUCUACUUAAAAAUUCGACAUGAUAGGGGUCUUGGGCAAAAAUUUUUCCCUAACAAUUAAACUGUCUGGAACAGGAAAAUGAAAACACUAUUUGUGCCCUCAGUCUAGGACUAGUGCUACUGAUCGAGGAAUUUUGUUUUAUUUACCAAAUUACAUUGACCAUUUUGCAAGCCGUAGCCUCAUUUAAGAAAUUUCUAUGACUGAACAAUGAGAGAAGGUAGGAAGAUGAUUUGGGGUUUCAAAAUGCUGCUUUUAAAAUGGAAUCCUUGAUCCUGGUGACUUUGCUCUGUGCUACUUUGAGUCGUAUAUGGGACACACCUAAAGGAACUACUUAGCAGAGAUGCUAAGUAACAGAGAGUACCUCAGUUGUGUUUUAAAUGUUAUAGGGCAUCAUGGAGUGAAGGGUUUGGGAAAGAGAUGCUUUUCAUUUAUUUAAUAAUCUAACCUAAUGUAGACCAAAGUGCUUCACUAUUUCUGCUCUCUGUUUAAAUAUUAGAAUGGUGAUUUUGUAUAGCAAUUUAUUCUGAUCUGGAAUUCAAACAUGUUUAAAAUAGUAACAUGAUUAUACAUCUUGUAGGAUAAAAUAUCCAACUCCAGGUUAUUGUUAGGGUCCUGAUUCUGAACAGUGUGUUGUAUUUGGAAACAUAGCCCUAUCGGUUUGAAACAAACAACCAAACAAAAAACCUAGAAGAUUGUCCAUAGCUAAGCAUGACAAAAAUACCCUGUUAAAAGGUAAACUGAGAUAACUACUGGCAAAACACUGGGUGCACUAUUUUUCUGUAUAAAAUUUAUAGUUAUUUUCUAUAUCACCCUUCAAAAGGGAUCUAUUCAGGUUAAAAUCAUAUUUAUGCUGAAGUCUUUAUCUGGUGUUAACUCAUAAUCUCAUGUGGGUUCAUAAGUGAAGUCUCUAAUAAUUAGUUUUUAUCACUUGUAAUGGUUUUCUCAAAAUUCUAAAAGAAUUUGAUUUGCUUUCUUAAUGAUUUCACAGGCUGCCCCUUAACCUACGUUCUAAAUAACAUCCAAUAAAAUCAGUACAGUUUGAUGACUAUGUUUUAACAAAAAAGGAAAAUUCAUAGAUAUUUCUAUUAGACUUUAUAAAAAUUCUCAAACUUGAUUUUGAGUCUAAAUUUUCUGACUCUGGCCCUUUUUAAUAUUGUAGAUUUUUGCUCACAUUCUUAAGUAAAAAGCAUUCAAUUACUAUUUAGCCUUUAAAUGGGAAACUCAGGUAAAUGAACUGCUGACUUUUCUAAAGUCCUUUAACAGAUCAACUCCAUAUAAAAGGGUUAUUUACCUAAUCCCUUUCCGUAAUUUACAAGUGCUCUUGCUAAAAAAAAGAACGGCUAGCUCUAUUUCUCCAAACUCUAUAGGAUUCAUGAGAAACUGCUUAUGUAAAUAUAAAAACACCAUAUGUACUCAUAACUCCUGUGGCUGCUUGAAGCCCAUAACUGGUACGCUUUUUGGUCAGUUUUAAUGCCUGAGUAUAGAACAAUUUGGCUUCUGGUCUGGUUGAAACAGAGCAUAUAAGUAUAUCCCAAUGGAACUCACCUAAGAAGAUCACACCUCAGAAAACUAGUUAUGUGUUUUCAUUUUGAUUUGUUAAUACAACAUGUUUAACAUAAAGUUUUUUGUACAGUGAAACCUGUUAUUUGCAAUUGUAAAGUUUUCUUAUUGUUCACCCACCUUUUUUCCUGCCAUUACAUGUCGCAUAUAGCUAUUGUAAUGAGUUCUAACAAUUUACGAGGCAUCCUGCUUUUUCAGAAAGGCGUGGAAAAUAUGCCUGCUAUGAGUAUUUUGUUUAUGUAGGGGUGCCUCCUUAUCUGUUUUUCAAGCCAUCUUUGUAGAGAGGGACUUAAACAACCUGGAACCUUUCUUGGGUUAUUUGGGAUGUGGAAAGUUCAAAUUCUUGCAAUAUGUUAUCUUAGAAUUUCUGAUAUUAAGAGGAGACAAAAUCUUUAUAUUUCUUGUUGCCAUUUCCCCCAAGAGUUUUGCUGUUAUUUAUUUUCCUAUUUCUACUCUAAGAAAAGUCCAUUUUCAAAUAGUUUCUUUUACUCUAAUUUUAUACCGAAUACCUGAUCAAUAGUAAUGAUAUAUUUAUUUAAACAGCAAACAUUCAUGAUCAAUCCAUCUUUAUGAAAACUGUCAGUGCUUAGUAGUAAGUAGAUAAGAUAAAUUUUCAAUAUAAUUUCAAUUUGUGUUUAGAGACUAAAGAUUCAAUUCACAUUCUCCUAUUAAUCAGGAAUGUGAUAAUGCUAUUCAGGCAUUUCACAUUUGGGUAGAAUCUCAAUAACUCAGGGCAGGGUUCCACACUUAAGGUAGCAAAACAGCACAGUUAUUAGUAAGGGGGGCCUCAAGGGUCUGUAAGAUUUUCUCAUCUUUCCUUGUCUAUUCAGAAAACACAUUAGAAGAAAACCUGGACCAUCUUGACCAGACCUGCCACUGAUUUUUCAGCUUUAUGACUCAGUGACAUACUUCUAAUACAAUUUCAUACCAGCCUUCCAAACUAGGGAUCCACUCUUCCUCCAUCUUCCCAAGCCAUUCACGGAUACAGGUAACAUCCUUAAGUUCAUUUUGAGGAAAGGUAAGAGGGUCUCCUCCUGCCUCGAGAAAUUUUUUUUUUUUAUCAGAAGACCCUGAAGGCUUAUGUAACUUUGAACAACUUAAUUUCUUGGCCAUAUGAAAUUACAGUUCCUAUGCAUGGUUUUAAUGUGGUAUAAAUUUGCUUUCUGCUAAAUACUGUUCCUUCUCCCACCUGAUUUUGCCUCUUUCAUGAAUAUUUUUACUGAGUUUGAAACUCAAGGCCUGAUGUGCUCACUCAGUUUUCUUUCUGCCACUUGUUUUCUCUCUUGUCUGUUGUGUUCAGAUUGUGUCAAAUGCUGGCAAAACCUCUAAGACUGUCAAGAAAAUGCUUGAAAGUUGAUUUGUGAUCGUGCAAAUUCAUGAUAAAAUGUCUUAAUGUUAUUUGGCUAUGUAGUAUAUAGAGACAGAAAAUAACUUAAAUAAAGUCAUUUUUGUAAUUUAAAA